GGCAUCAUCAACGAACGCCGAUAAAAGCAAUCACAAUCAGAAGACUCCGUUUCCUCCCUCUCUUGUCUCUCUCCUUGUACUGCGAAAUUGACUCGUCUUCUAUUUGGUUCCAGUCACUGUCGUGCCAAGCGACCAGCUUUCGACUCUUCCAGAGGUUCAGAGACCUCUUCAUGCAAUUGGAGAAAGCAUAUGCUCCGUAUAUACCCGGAUCGACUACGUACAACAGAUUCUCACGAGCUCAAACUGCCCCAUCGCUAUCGAUCGUGCCGAUCAAUGUGCUCAGGAGAACAGAGCAGACCUCAGCUCCCGUAUCGACACGGCGAAAUUGGAAGUACGAUUUCCUACGAGUGCAUGCACCAAUGGCUGGAGGAAGCUCAUACACGCUUGCUCGAUCGCUCGCUGCUGAAAGAAAGGGACCUCGCCUCGGCAUCAGUCAGGUACGAUGGAAAUCGGCGACUGCGGUCCCACCAUGAGGAAUCAUGACAUCAUAGUCAAAAGGACUUGUCAAAAUGAUGGAGUGUCCAUGCUGCCUGAGUCCACUCUCGUUCUUCACAGCAAAUUCGCCGACGGCUCCAAACUUAGCUCUCUGAAAGCCGCCGGCGAGCUUCAGACGAGACGAGAGGGUCCGUGGCUCGGGGCCCUGCCUGUAGUUGGGCGUGCAGUCGAUCUCACACCAAAUUUAGCAGACUCGAUCUGCUGCUGCAGACAAAGAGUUGCUUUCAGCAUGACCCCACUACAUCAGAACAUGGAAAGUUUGCCCACGGCGAGCUCCUUCCCACCGUACGUGGCAUUGUUGGGGCUGUUCAAUUAUAGAGCGUAGCCUCGAGAUCCCUUCAUCAUGCUCUUUUCAGGUUUCCAUCCCUUCCCUUCCAUCUGACUUCGGGCUAUCAGAUGUUUCAUGUUCUAUUCCGUCGAUGGAUUUUACUGUCAGCUCUGAGGUCCAGGGGAUCGGCCUAUCUUUAGACUGAGUUGCCUCCCACCUGCUUAGCAGUCGGUAGCACAAGAUUGGGACUUCAUAUUGCAGAGUUUGCUCGGAGGUCUGUAGCUUCUGCUGCACUUUUCCGAACUAAAUGUUGAUUCACAGCAAUUGAUAUUAUAAAAUCAUACUUUCGGGAGGUCU